AUGGACACCAUAUUCCAGGAGUUUGGGGAAGCAUUCUCCCGACAGAAUGGAUACCAAAUAUCUCAAACAUUGACUCCUGAGCUCCCUAAUGACAUGUUACGAGCGAUCUGGAAAAAUGCCACUCAUCACGAUGUCAGGGGUAUCCUCAAGCGUGGGAUCCAGUCCAGUGCCAGCGCGUCAGGUUUUAGGCUCUCAAAUGAUGAGGUUCAGGGCUGGGUUGAGGUGUACCUUGCGUAUUGGAAGGCCACUGGUGAACUACUUGCAGUUCAAGACCAGUCAGCUGCAAACGGCAAAUCUUCCUGGACGACUGUCUAUGAAAUUUGGAGAGAAAUGUGCUCUCUCUUGAUCCGUGGGUACAACAACCAUGGAUUUGAGGCAUGGACUGUCCCAUGCCUCUAUGUUGCAGGGAAGCAUCUCAGAGUCUUCGCCAUCAAGGCAGAUGAGGAGCGCAACAGCAGCAGCAACAACUCUAACGAGAAUGCCGGAGCCACAUUCCAGGAUGAUUUCGACCCUGAAUCAGAGAAACACCAGCAGCUAGAAGACUGUGCUCGGCAGCUCAACCGCAUUUUCAACCUGUGUCUGAGCGACAGGGCACCGCUCGAGGAGUCCCGUAAAUGGGGCAUUUACUACGUGAUCAACCUUCUCUUCAAGACCUACUUCAAGCUGAACUCAGCGCCACUGUCGAAAAACAUCUUGAAAGCCCUUUCUGCUGGCCGGGGAGAUAUGCCUCCCUUCUCAGCUUUCCCGAAAUCCCAGCAAGUCACUUUCAAGUACUACGAAGGGGUUUUGUCCUUCUUGGAGGAGGAUUAUGAGGUGGCCGAGAAACACCUCACUCAGGCAUGGGGCCUCUGCCACAAAGCUGCGAAGCGAAAUAAAGAACUCAUUCUAACGUACCUCAUCCCAUGCCAUCUUAUCAGGACCCAUACGCUCCCCAGCCAGAAGCUUCUUGAGCCUUACCCGCGCCUCCAGGGGCUAUUUCUACCCCUCUCGCGCUGCAUCAAGAAGGGAGAACUUCAUUCCUACGACCUCGCACUCCAGGAGGGCGAGGCGGAGUUUGUAAAGCGGCGAAUCUAUCUGACACUCGAACGUGGCCGCGAUAUUGCGCUGCGUAAUCUGCUACGCAAGGUGUUUAUGGCUGGUGGGUUUGACGAACCCAAGGCGCCAGGCGACAAACCGCUACGUCGCUCCAGAAUCCCCGUGGCGGAGUUUGCAGCUGCCAUCAGCCUUGGCAGCCAGGAGAGGUUGGACACGGACGAAGUCGAGUGCCUUUUGGCCAACAUGAUCUACAAGAACCUCAUGAAGGGCUACAUAGCUCGCGAGCGAGGCAUUGUGGUGCUCAGCAAGGGUGGAGCGUUUCCCGGAACGGGGGUGUGA